AUGGGUGUCUUCUUUAUAAGCUGGGAUCUUUGGCAGGAGAUGACUUUUGUUCUCGGUUGUUGUAUCGUUCUUGUCUUCAUCGCGGGACUUAUCAAGCUGUGGUGGUCCAAUCGCUCGAUGCGCCGCCACGAAAUCAUAGACGAAGAGAAGCGAGCAAGGCUAUCUCUCAUGUCAUACUGCGGUAUCGCCAAUAUGCGAACUCCUGAGAUCCCCUUCGGCAUUCGUGCGUUACAGAGUGGUAUUGAGGUGGAAGGCAUUUGGAUCUCACGGCCUAACUCGCCCGAAUCCUGCCAAAUCACACCUUCAUCUACAUUCGUCGGCCGACGUAUAAGAAUAUCAAAAGGGAAAGGAAAGAUGAUCGAACUUAUGUCUUCAGAGUGCGCGCCCUCGACAUUCAAACCAGAGGACUCGCCGACUCGCUCAGUAUGCUUAGGCGUUUCACAACAGGAUGAUGACAUUACCUCAAUAACGAACAUACCGGACCACAAACCACCCGACAAGGGGUUCGAUGAUGCCCAAUUCUAUGACACGCAUCGGCCCUCUUACCCUCCUGCUGCUGUCACCAAUAUGCUUGGACGUCUUGGGCUCGAAGGCCAGUCAGGCGGCAAAAUUAUAGAUCUCGCAGCCGGCACUGGCAAGUUCACCGAGCUCCUAGCUGCUAGACCAGAGAGCUACGAGAUCGUGGCUGUAGAGCCACUGGAUUCUAUGAGGAACAACCUUGCAGCCAAGCAGCUCCCUAAAGUGGACGUUCGGCCUGGAACAGCGACUGAUAUGAAGCACGUGGGUGACGGGUGGGCGGAUGGAUGUACCAUAGCUCAGGCAUUUCACUGGUUCGCCAAAGAAGAAUCGCUCCAAGAAAUCCAUAGAGUUCUCAAGCCUGGUACCAAACUUGGAUUGAUCUGGAAUGUCGACUCAUACAACCAGCCUGAAGGUUGGCCUUCCCCCACGGGCUGGGAGAAAGAGUUGCUGGAUCUAAACUUCAAUGAAAAAGCGGACAACGAGCCCCGUUUCCGACACCAGGUCUGGAUGCAGGUUUUCGAACGACAGGCCAAGGCUGAAAAGCCCUUUUUCUCGACACCCAUAGAAACCGACAAGGUUCCGUGGUCGGUUUGGUUAACACCCGAGGCCUUGUGGGAUAGAUUUAACACCCUCAGCUGGAAUGUACUCCGGGAAGGCGAGGAGCGUCGACUCUUCAGAGAGAAGUAUGAUAAGAUCGUGAAAGAGGGUGGCGGCGAGUUCAACGAUAAAGGUGAGAUUGAACUUCAUGGAUGCACUUUCAUUGUAUGGGUGUCACGACUAGAUGGUCCUUGA